AUGCCUUUUGGGCACGUCGUCAAAAGCCGAUACGGCUCACCAGAAGCCCAACAAGGGGCGCAAGAGAAAAGGCCAAACCGGCCAACAGCACUGGCCCAAGAUGCGCGCCAGGUCAGAGGCCAAUCCGGCCUACCACAAGCCCAACAAGGGGCACCAGAGAAAAGGCCAAACCGGUCAACAGCAAAGGCCCAAGAUGCGCGCCAGGUCAAAAGCCAAUCCGGCCCACCACAAGCCCAACAAGGGGCACCAGAGAAAAGGCCAAACCGGUCAACAGCAAAGGCCCAAGAUGCGCGCCAGGCCAAAAGCCAAUCCGGCCCACCACAAGCCCAACAAGGGGCACCAGAGAAAAGGCCAAACCGGCCGACAGCAAAGGCCCAAGAUGCGCGCCAGGUCAAAAGCCAAUCCAGCCUACCACAAACCCAACAAGGGGCGCCAAAGAAAAGGCCAAACCGGCCAACAGCAAAGGCCCAAGAUGCGCGCCAGGCCAAAAGCCAAUCCAGCCCACCACAAGCCCAACAAGGGGCACUAGAGAAAAAGCCAAACCGGUCAACAGCACAGGACCAAGAUGUGGUCAAGAUCAGAGGCCAAUCCGGCCUACCACAAGCCCAACAAGGGGCGCCAAAGAAAAGGCCAAACCGGUUAACAGCACAGGACCAAGAUGUGCACAAUAUCCAAAAUAGUCAAGUCAAGAUCCAUUUCUAUGUCCAUGUCCAAGUCCAUGUCCAAGUCCAAUUCCUUUCCAAAUGGCCAAACAAUGUCCACGUACUGCUAGAGUACUAG